AUGCUUGAUAGAACCUUAGGUUUGUCAUAUUUUGACAGAUUUCCAGAUAUAAGGAAAAUCCACUCCCUGUCUAUUGCAAACUCCAGACUGGUUGCUCAGACAGUAAGGAGAAAAGAGGUUACCUAUGAUAAAUUCAGAACAUCUUAUUGGUCCCAUUUCAACUCACAGCUCACAAGAAAGCUUGAUCCUUCAAGAGUUUUUACUGAGAUAAAUUCUUGCAUCAAAGGUAGUCUGCAUUUUGGGGAGAGUGAUGACGCUAAACUUAGUUUGCAGAGUUAUCUGCAAUUAUCUAAGAGCCGGGUAUCAAAUUUUAGUGAGGAUGAGAGAGAGAUGAUAUACCAGAUAUUUGAGGAUUAUGAGAAAAAGAAGGUUGUACGAGGAGAAUUUGAUUUGGCUGAUCUGGUGAAUGAUCUUCAUUGUCGAUUGAAGUGUGAAAAAUAUGAGGGCGAGAUCAUGGAUUUUGUGUACAUUGAUGAAGUCCAGGAUCUAACCCUGAAGCAGCUCGCUCUCUUUAAAUACAUUUGUAAUAAUGUUGAAGAAGGUUUUGUUUUUGCAGGUGACACUGCGCAGACAAUUGCCAGAGGUGUUAAUUUUAGAUUCGAGGAUAUAAAAUGCCUUUUUUACGCCGAGUUUCUAUGUGGAGAAGAGAAGGGGACAAUAUCACCUAUCUUUCAUCUAAAUCAAAAUUUCAGGACUCAUGCUGGAGUUGUAAAUUUAGCUCAGAGUGUUGUUGAUCUUAUUCAGCAUUUCUUUCCCAGAUCUAUUGAUAGGUUAAAGCCUGAAAGUAGUCUCUUACGUGGGGAACUUCCGAUUUUACUGGAUUGUGGAACUCAUGAAGAUGCCAUCCUAUGGAUCUUUCAAGACAAAGGAAGUCACACUAACAAUUGCAUUGGCUUUGGAUCUGAUCAAGUGAUAAUGGUAAGAGAUGAUUAUACUCGGGACAAAAUUGUAGAAAAAGUCAGAGGACAGGCCCUUGUGCUAACAAUUUUCGAAUGCAAAGGCUUGGAAUUUGAGGAUGUGCUAUUAUACAACUUCUUUGGUUCUUCACCACUAAAAGAACAAUGGAGAAUAAUAUACGAAUACAUGGAGAAACAGCUCUGCUUAUCAAUUUCAGAAACUUAUCCAAGUUUUACAAAUGCAAGACACGAUAUUUUGUGCUAUGAGCUGAAACAAUUAUAUGUAGCCAUAACUCGUACAAGGCAAAGGCUAUGGAUCUGUGAAGACACAGAUGGUAUUAUAUCUCCUAUGGCUGACUACUGGCAAAAGUUGAAUCUAAUUCAAUCUGAAAAGUUGGAUGAUUUAUUUGCAAGAUCUAUGAUAGUUGCAAGUAGUUUAGAGGACUGGAGAAGCCGGGGUAUGAAGAUGCUUGAGGUGCACAACUACAAGGCCGCAAGAUUGUGUUUUGAACAUGCUGGAGAUUUUUACUGGAAUAGUUUUGCCAGGGCUUCUCAUCUUAAGGCAGAAGCUGACAACUUGCAAGGCUGGAGAUUGGAGCUCUCUUUGGAAAUGUUCCGAGAAGCUGCUAAAAUUUUUGAAAGCAUUAGAAACAUCAAUAAAGCAGCUGAUUGUUACUUUGAUGCUGGAGAUUAUGAGAGAGCAGGCAGAUUAUAUUACGAAGAAUCUGAUCUGCAAAGAUCUGGUCAGUGUUACACCUUGGCUGGAUGUUAUGAACUUGCUGCUAAUGUGUACGCUAAGGGAGAUUAUUACCAUGAAUGCUUGUAUUCUUGCUCAGAGGGUAAGUUAUAUAAGCUGGGUUUGCAUUACAUACGAAGUUGGAAACAACUGUCAGAUCUCAGUAAGCCUCUAAAGGCAAGGGAGCAACAGUUUCUUCUCAAUUGUGCUCUUGAAUCCCAUAAGCUGCAUGAUAGUCGAGCAAUGAUGAAUUAUGUUAGAGAUUUCAACUCUCUGAUAUCAAUGCGAACUUUUCUGAAGAAGUUGGGUUGCAUUGGGAAACUUACUGAGUUAGAGGCAGAUUAUGGUAAUUUUCUAGAAGCUGCAAAAAACGCAAGGCAAUUGGGAAAUAUCUUACUUGAGGCAGAUAUGUUAGGGAAAGGUGGUAAACAUGAUGAUGCAGCUCAGCUCUAUCUCGCCUCUGUGUUUGCCGGCAGUCUGUGGGCAGAUGGUAAUAAAGGAUGGCCUUUGAAAGAGUUUCCAUUAAAGAAUGAUUUUUUAUCAAAAGCAAAAUCUCAUGCUCGUAAUUGUUCAGACCAUUUCUAUGAGGUGGUCUGUGCUAACAUCCAGCUCUUGUCGACUGAGGAGUUCAGCUUAAUUCAGUUGCAAAAUCAGUUUGCGCUGUCACGAGAACAUGAUAAUUUACGGGGGGAAAUUUUGUGUGCUCGUAGAAUUUUGGACAUGCUUCUUGCAACAGAUGUUUCAAUGUAUAAAUCGGCAGGGGAUAUAGUGAGAAAUUUAGAGGUUUCUACUGGAAAAAGGACUUCAUUGAUUUGGAUUGUGGAGAAAAUGAUUUACUACUGGGACUUUUGGAAAGAGGAGAUUGAAAAAUUAUUGAAGUUGCUUGACUCUCACGUUGAAAACAAGAAAAAUUUCUUUGACUCUCACGUCAAAACAAAGAAAAAGUUCCUUGACUUUCACGUCAAAGAAAAGAAAAAGUUCCUGGACUCUCUUAAUGCCCCAGCAAAUUGUGAAUUUUCUGAUCAUGAAAAGUUUUGCCUGGAAUACUUUGGUCUGAGAAAACGGUUUGAUGGCUUGGAUGCUGAUUAUUUUCUUCUCUAUCGAGAUGCUAAAUGGUUGGAAGUUGUACCCAGAAGAUCUGAUAAGAUGGAAAGUAUCAAUGCUCAUCAGCUGGAUCACGCUGCAAACAGGUAUUGGUGUCGCGAGAUUCUUUCUGUUGGCAUGAAGUUGUUGAAGACUCUUGAAUCCUUCCAUAAAUUACCUGUCAGAAAUUCCUUGGACUUGUACUGCAUCGAUAGAACUUUUAUGUGCAUUAUUGAAGUUGCAGAGUUUCUUGAUGGAUAUCGGGAGCAGAGGAAUGAUGAUUUCCCUUCUCUGAUGAAUUACAUUGAUCUCUUAGCUGAACACUUUCGCCAUGUAUUUUCUCUAUCUUGGAGGGUGUUUCUGUCAAAAGACCUUGCUAUGCAAAGCAAUUCUUCAAGAAACCGACUGAAAGAAGCAAUACUAAAGAAUCUCAUGGUCGAGGUAGUAGCUGUAGAGGGAGCUUCACCAGCAUUUUCACAAGUCAUUCAGGUGGCAAUAAUAUUGCUUGGAUCAAGUUGGAUAACUAACAAAACAUUCAAGGAAAUUACAAUCUUGUUCAAGAUUGGUUCUUCUUGGAAUAAAUUGAUUAAGGAACUCGUGACAGGCACAGGCCCACAAACAUUAGAUGGCCACAUGCAGCUUGUUUGGAAUCUUUGUGAUGCUUUACGUGAAGCAUACAACUCAAUAUCCAGCCCGGUGCAAGGUUCUAAUUUUGUAUCGCCUUCUUGUUUUGUAUACAUUCUUGACCGCCUUCUAGUGUUGAUACCUUGCUUUAAUGGAUGCUUAUAUGCAACAAGGUCGUCCGUCAUUGAAUGGCUUGUGCACCUGAACUGGAAAGUCGACAGAAAAACCUUCGUGUUCAGUGAUUUUGAAUUGAAGCCUAUUUAUGACUUUUUGGCUUACACCAUACAUGGGCUUCUGAUGAACAAACAGGUUACUGAAGAAUGGAUUAAGCAAGUUGGGUUUGAUGUGAAGAACAGUUAUGGGUUGCUGAUACAGAAAUUGUUGGUUUUGAUGUGCUUAAUUCAUCUCAACUCAGGAAAGUAUUUGGAGCUACUCAACGACGUCUUUAACAGGUCAGAUAUAUUGUCAUUGUUGCCAAACUCAUUUUCAAGAGUGUUUAUUCAAAGAGAUGGUAGCACUUUUUGCAAUGUGCUCUCUGAAGCAUUGCAGAGUAUCAAGGAUCCUCUAGUGGUUAUAAGAAAUGCAGAAGUAUGUUCGAUGGUGCAUGCAAAACGAGCUGUUUUUCUGAAUGUCUUCAACUGUAGCAGAGAUACUCUUUUGGAAAAAAUGUUUCCAUCUCAGUGAAUGACUCUAGAAUGUGUUAUGCUUUCACAUUUUCUGUAUAUGGAUCUGGAAAUCAUGUGAAAGUUUUUUUUUUGUGAAAUAACAUUCAAGUUUUUCGGCUUA